CAGUAGGACCAAAUAUAGAUCAUAACCAGACGACAAGUUGUGAAGAUUUUGGUAGAUUUGCUCGUUUCAAUCCGUAUUCAGUCUUAGAUGAUGUAUGGAUGUCGUUUUACUAUUGGGGCCCGACAUCUCCGACGUGGUUCGUCAAGUUUCUCCUACCAAAUCGAGAGCAAAUAGCCUACCUAAAGUACCUAAUUGAUGACCACGUACGGGAGCCAGUAAACUGGACUGCUCCCAUGGUACUGCUGAAGGAGAGGAGUAAUGUAACACACCUUCUGGUGGAACAGGGAGAUAGAGGACAGUACAUCGUGUAUACGCCAUAUAAAGAUUUAUCGCCAAGUGAUACAGUUGACGCUGUAGCAGUGCGCUUAAAGCAAUUUGACAAUGGACGUUAUAUUGGUUUUAUGAAUUGUGAUAUACACGUGGCCUACGCCCUCGUCAGAUUAAAGGAUGUUCCAAAGAAGAAGUUCAUUCAAGACGAGGCAGCUAAAAUGGGAUUUAAGGGUCGUAAAGGCAAGUCUUAUUUGUACCGUGGACACGAAUGGAUGCCCAUAGAGGAGGCAGACUACGACCAUUACAUUGAUAAUAUAGAGCAUUCUGAUGAGGAAUAUUGA